AUGGCCUUUUUACACUCUCAUUCGUGCGAGUGUCUCAAAUCAGAAUUGGAAUUAUUCACCGUCCCACCAACGCAAGCAACAAUUGAAAACUCGCAAUGGUUACAUUACAAACCAAUAUCGUCGUUAACCGAUGAUUCACCUAUAGAAUUUGUUAUACCAGGCCAGGGAGAAGAAUACAUCGACUUACCACAUACCAUGUUAUGUAUCAGUGUUCAAAUAAGACCGACCGUUUCCAAAGAAAUUCCAAAAAAAGAAGAGACUUCAGGUGCUGUUGAUAAGCUAGUAGGACCCGUCAAUAAUUUUAUGCAUUCGUUAUUCAAUCAGGUAGAUGUGUUUUUCAAUCAAAAACUUGUAACACCCCCAAAUAAUGCGUACGCUUACAGAGCUUAUAUAGAAACAUUGCUUAAUUAUGGCCCUGCUGCAAAAAACUCUCAUUUAACAAGUGUGUUGUGGUAUAGCGAUACGGGUAGUGAAAUGGCGCAACCAUCCAUCUUAAACGCCGGUUUUCUAAAACGGUGUUCGUUAACAGCUAAUGCUAAGGAAAUUGACCUUAUGGGUUAUUUACAUUGCGAUGUUUUCAAUCAAGAAAGGUUUCUGAUAAACGGCGUAGAAAUGCGUUUGCGGAUGGUACAAUCAAGAGACGCUUUCUGCCUUAUGGAUCAAACCGAACGAGGUUUCGAAGUUCAUAUACUCGAUGCUACGCUACUUGUCAGACGUUCAAAGAUUUCACCAGAAUACGGUCUUUUGGAUUCUACAUCAUUAUUAUCAUUGACAUCACCGUCAUCACCACCCGCACCAUCGUUUUCUACGACUUGGUGUAAUCGUAAUAAUCAUCAUAAUAUCAAAAAAGAAGAAGAUGAUAUCUCUCCAGUCAAUUCUUGGUGGUUAUGA